AUGUAUAGUUAUCCUCUUUUCACAAGUUUGUUUUUGGUGCAUGAGGCGAAAACAAAGAAGCAUCAUGGAUCGUCUUCGGAAGACGAAGAGGACGAAAAACCAAAGAAGAAGAAGUCUGGUAAGAAAGGCCGAUCACACAAGGAGACGAAAAGUGAUGGACCACAAAGUGCUGCUUCGAUCCGCUUGGCGAAACUCAAGAAAAUGGUAACCCUAGCAGGGUUCCGCAUUGUCUACAAGAAGUUCUUUGAAGAUGUUGGCGAUAGUGAUCGUCAAAGAGUAAAAGCUCUAGAGAAGGAGUUGGAGAGGAGGGGACUGACUCCUCCCUUCACUAUGGAGUCGUGCAAGGCCUUCAAAUUACAAAAGGAACAAGAGGCAGAGUUAGCAGAGCUAGCGAAAAAUCAAAUCAUUGAAAUUGGAGAAAAUACGAGUGAGUUUGUCUCGAAACCAAUUGUAGCAUGUUAG